UUAUUUUAGGUUAAAAAAUUAUACAAAUGACUGACAAAGAAAAAAGUGGUGAAAAAGGUAUACUUGGGGAAAAGGGUAUACUCGCUCGUACUGCAACAUAUACUACUAAAACAGCAAAAAGAGCACAGACGAAGUUAAAGCAAAAAGUUGGCAAAGGGGAUGAAACUAAAGAUGAAGUCUUCGAUGAGUUUGUUGCCAAUUUCAAUAAGCAGCAGGCUGCUGUGACAUCAUUGAAUGCAGAAUUGAGAAAUUACUUACGCUGCAUAACAGCCAUGCAGGUUGCUGCUGAGAAUUUUUCAGCAGCUAUGAAAAAUGUUUACGAACCAGAGUGGAGUUCAAGAGAAGCUGCAUUUGAGUUAUUUGAGAGUGCAAACUCAAACUGGACAAAUUUAAGUAAAAGACUAACAGAGGAAGUGUUAGAACCUUUAACAUCAUAUCAAAAACCAUUUUUAGAAGUCAAGACAAAAAUUCAAAAAAGAGCAAGGAAGCUUGUAGAUUAUGAUCAUUCAAGACAUACUGUAGAUACACUUCGUGCAAAAGGAGCAGCUAAAGUAAAUGAUGCUAAAAAGUUAAAUCAGGCCGAAGAAGAUUAUCAAAAAGCCAAAGAAAUAUUUAUUGAUUUGACAUCAGAACUAUAUGAUGAACUACCCGCACUUUAUGACAGUCGAAUUGGUUUUUAUGCAACCAGUUUUCAAAGUAUUUUUACCUUAGAAGAGGUUUUUCACAGAGAAGCAGCUAGGCUAAAACACGAACUUAAUGAUUUGAUGGACCAACUUAUCACUGAUUUUUCUGCUGGAACUUUCAGUACACGUAAACCAUUUUGCUCAGGGAUAGAAACAUCAUCAAACACCAGUGAAAAAGAAGAUAAUGAUUUAAAGUCAACUAGUUUAACACAAUUCUAUGAUGUAGCAGUGCCUUCUGAUGAGUUGGAUGGCGGUGUUGAAUCACCAAAUGAAUUAAAAAUUUCGAAAAAUAAAAACGAUUUUGAAUUAGAGGAAUCCAUUCGUACACUUGAUAAGAAUACAUCGUUACCAACGCAACCUGUUAGGCCAGCACCAAUUCCACCUAUACGCCCAAGCACUCCACCUCUAAGACCCAAACCUCCUUCAAGUUCUGCUAUUCAUCAUUCUGUUGACCAGAAUGAUGUUUUUCAGAAUGUUGAAUCUAAAACAACAAAUUCAUCAAAUGAAGAAACACAAGUUUUAGACCAUAAAAAUAAAGACAAUCUUUCAAUCGCAACUGAUACUGAUGUUAUUGCAGCUGAUAAUGAUGUUAUUGCUUAUAGAAAUGUAAACAUAUCUGACAACCCUAAUGUAACCAAUCACUGUAAUCUUAUUGUCCCAAAAGCUUUAUACAAGGUUAUAUCAACUCACAAAUACUCACCAGAAGACGAAGAUGAACUGUCUUUUGAAAAAGGAGAAAUAAUACAUGUCAUUCCUUAUGAUGAUCCAGAAGAGCAGGAUGAUGGUUGGCUCAUGGGUGUAAUGGACUCGAAUGGGUUGAAAGGAGUCUUCCCCGAAAAUUUUUCAAAGAGAUACGAUGCGUAACAGUUUACUUAAGCAAUUAUAUUUCAUUUAUUGUUUAUAAAUUGCACUAUUAUCUCA